UAAAUGUUCUUAGUUUUCCUUUUUUUAAAGGACUGUAAAGGUUUAAGAUUUAUUCACCAUAAAUUAUUUAAUUGCCUACCACAUGUUCAUAUUCUUGGGUAAGGAUGUUACAAAUGAAACUGGUUUUAGUCACCAUUGUUAGUGUAAUAGUAUCAAGAGAUAACCAUGAUAAGUAAGUUAGAGUACCAUGAUGUGGAACCAUUUACCAACUAUCAAUUGAGGUUUUUUUUCCCCCUCACUUGCUUUUUCUCAAAGAAAUAUUUAUAUUGUUAAAUUUUCUAGCAUGAGUGAUUAAUGCUCAUUUGAGUAGCAUGUAAUAUUGCUUAUGUCUUUUGGGUUUUAUCCUUUUUAAUGGAAUUACCACAGGAUUAAUAAACAUAUAGGCCAUAAAUGUAUAUGAUGAAUAAAUAUGUUGAAAAUUUCUCUUUCAUGGGAAGAGGUGGUGCAUAACAGCUCAGGAAAGAUGGCUCUUUGAAAAUCCUUGGGAUGAGAUUAUGAGUAUUAAGGACAAUUUUUACUCUUGAUGUGUAAAUGGUGUUAGCACUAGAGGGACAAUGGGAUUGUCCAGAGGACAAGUAAUAGUGUUACAGUACCAAGAGUUGUUUUUCUUUUUUUGCUUUUAGUAUUGAAACCUAAAAUGGCAAUAAUGGAAGUAAAUGUAUGUAACAUGGUAGUAAUUUAUUUAGCAGUAGACAAACCACUUAAAGAGAUUUCAUCUUUUACCUUAGGUACAUCUUGUGACCAUUUUUAAACUUUUAUUUUUAGUACUUUUCCUAAGCAAGGAAACAACCCUUAAAAUCUGACCACCCAUAGGCUUUUAAGAGAGUUCUUCAUAGGUAUUAUUUACUGUUUUAGUUACUUGAAAAUAAAUAUCAGUAUUUUGGAAUACUGAUGAUAAUUUGUCUUCCUAGUAUAGGUACUCUUCAGAGUAUUACUUUACAUUUAUAAAAAUUUAAGUUCUAGUAGCCAAAAGUUUAGGAACAGAUCAAUAAACCUGUUCUUCAGUUUAUAUUCAUGUCAGAGAACUGAGGUAAGAUUAUCUUGGGUCCCUCCUAUGCCUUUCGUAGAAUUUAAGAAAAUGGGCAAAUAUAGCCCUCUAGUGGUUCUGUUACAUGCUUACACUACUAAUUUUGGUGCAUCUAAGUUUUUCUCUGAAGUUUUAUUGAUUCAAGUUCAUUAUUGAGAAGAAUCAGAUUUUAAUGUUGCAGUGGCAUAAGGAACAUGAAAAAAAGUAAUGAUACCUUGUCUUUCUUACUAUGUUCAUAUUAGCUUACAGCUCAUUUUUCAGAUUAUAACAUGAUAAUCCAGAAUAUUAGAAUUGACCUUUACAAGAUGAAUGAUUGAAUCCAGAAACUUUGCUGAUGUUAUUACUGUCAGCAGAUACUAUUAAUUACUCAAUGUGCGUAAUAAAAUGGGUAAAUUAACAGAGGUAGAUGGUGGUUUAGAUCCUUGCUAUGAAAUUUCUAUCUAUUAAUAAGUUAGGUUUAUUGGUCUAGAAUUUAUGAUAUGGCACUUAUGAGAAAACAAGUUAACAUAAUGCUUAUAUAUAUGGUGUUUGUAUACGUGUGCACACACAAUGUUUAUUUGUAUACACAUCUCAUUUUUGUUUAAAAGGAGAAAAAAGUGGGAGAAACCUCAGACUCUUGUGUAAACAUGUUUGUAUAAGCAAAGAAAAGCUUAAGAAAGAAUGUACACCAAACAAUAUUGUUACCUAAAUUUAGGGAGUGAGAUUUGGAAGUAUGGAGAUUAUUCUUUAUCCCUAAUUAUUUAAAUUGUUAAGAAAAGAAGGGGAACUGAAAUGGAAAAACUCAAAAAGGUCAACAAGAAAAUGGUCCUUAAUCUGAGCAGUUACAGAGGACUAAAGCUGGCUUCUAGAUUUUAGACAAAAAUCAGUUAAGUCAGCUGCUACACUGAUUUUCUAAGUUUAUUAUUUAAAUAGGAUGUGUGUGCUUGCUAAUCUGCUUAAAUAUAAGUCUGAUGCCCAGUUUGGUUAAAAUCUGUUGUACUUGGUAUUUCUUUGUUUUGCUAAUAAGCUUUUCCCCUCUGGGAAUUAAAACCCUUUCCUCUUUAGCCCAAUUAUACUUGUUAAGGGAAGACCUCUAUGAAAAGGUCCUUCUUUGAGGUCUCUCAGUGGAAAUGAUUUGUCCUGAAAAAUCUUUCCUUGUGGGCCUUUGAAACAGUUCAUAAUUAUUGAAGGCUUAUUAUGAAGGCUAUCUCAAUAUUUUCCCUCCAAAAAUGCUAAGGAAUAUAGAUAACAGUUCAGACUCAAAAAAUGAAGAUGGCUCUGUCUUUUCACAGACUGAACACAACAUUGUUGCAAGUUACUUGAUUCUGGCAGGUGUGAUAAGUAUUCUCAGCAACAUAAUAGUUCUGGGCAUCUUCAUUAAGUACAAGGAACUUCGGACACCUACAAAUGCAAUCAUUAUUAACCUGGCUUUUACUGAUAUAGGGGUCAGUAGCAUUGGCUACCCCAUGUCUGCUGCUUCAGAUCUGUAUGGAAGUUGGAAAUUUGGAUAUGCAGGCUGUCAGAUUUAUGCUGGAUUGAAUAUCUUUUUUGGAAUGGCAAGCAUUGGAUUGCUCACAGUGGUGGCCGUGGACAGAUACCUGACCAUCUGCCGCCCUGACGUAGGAAGAAGAAUGACCACCAAUACUUACGUCAGCAUGAUUCUGGGGGCCUGGAUCAAUGGCCUGUUCUGGGCUAUGAUGCCCAUCACAGGGUGGGCUAGUUAUGCCCCAGAUCCUACUGGAGCUACCUGUACCGUAAAUUGGAGGAAAAAUGAUACAUCUUUUGUGUCUUACACAAUGGCAGUGAUUGCAGUAAAUUUUAUUGUGCCCUUGACAGUGAUGUUUUACUGCUACUACCAUGUCACCCGAUCCAUUAAACACCAUGCUGCUAGUAACUGCACUGCGUACCUAAACAGAGACUGGUCAGACCAGAUAGACGUAACAAAGAUGUCUGUGAUAAUGAUAUUGAUGUUUCUGGUGGCAUGGUCCCCUUACUCCAUUGUGUGCUUAUGGGCUUCUUUUGGUGACCCAAAGAAGAUUCCUCCUCCAAUGGCCAUCAUAGCUCCACUGUUUGCAAAAUCUUCUACAUUCUACAACCCUUGUAUUUAUGUGGUUGCUAAUAAAAGGUUUCGGAGGGCAAUGUUUGCCAUGUUCAAAUGUCAGACUCACCAAGCAAUGCCUGUGACAAGUGUUUUACCAAUGGAUGUAUCUCAAAGACAACUGGCUUCUGGAAGAAUCUGAAAUAAGAGAAAAUCACACACCAGCAAAACAUUGUAUUUGUGGGUUUUUAAAAAUACUUUAAUUUUAUUUUAAAUAUGAGCCCAUUUAGAUCAAGUGCAGGCAUAGAUAAUUGUCCUGUUAGACGGGCUCAUCCUUCUGUUUGUGCCUUGGUGGCUGUUGUGCAUAUGUCUCUAUUUCUUUGUGUAUGAACUCAUUGCUCAGCUCCUUUGAUGAAUCUAGACACAUGAGAUUAAGGUCCUGUCGCUUUUCUUUCUUCUCAUCAUGGCAUUCAUUACACCAGACUGAUGACUUGCAUCUUGCCUGAGUUCUCCAUUAGCCACUAUUUUCAUAUUAUAAGUUAAUAAUAAUUUACAAUCUUUAAUAAAUUAUUACUGAAAUGAAUGGUUGGAUUUUCAAAUCUAGAACAGAAACUUUUUAUCAUUUCAAAACUUAAAAACAGAAUCAAUUAUUGACAACAUUGUUUAACAAAACUAAUCAAAUAAACAUUAAGCUCUUGUAUUCAAAUCAUGUUGGUCAAUGCACAUAUAUACUUUACCUAGCAAUGUGAUAUUUGUUCAUUUUGUUAUGUAUUUUGCAAUUUUUAUUAUCAUUUUCUUGCAUAUGUAUUUCCAUGUUUGCUGCUAGAAUUAAAUUCAAUCUGAGUGGGAAUUUUUGUAUAUUUGUUCUUCGAUGUAUCCUUAGCAUGUAGACCCAUUCUGUU